AAUCCAACUAAAACCCUUCUUCAACCUCAUCAACGAAGCACAGCAUCAUUCGCGCCUUCGCGGUGGACGGUGGUCUUCCUCCAUUCAUCAGAACGGAGUCGCACACAAUUUGUCCCAUACGAAGCAGGAGCCAUGGCGGACGUAGUGCAGUACAGAAUGGAAAGCAUGCUCGAUGAGCUCGACGACCUCGAGCAGCGCGGCCUCUUCAGCCGCCUCGAGAUCGCCGAGAUCGUGAAACAGCGCCGCAAAUUCGAGUACAGGCUGAAGCGGCCGUGUCCUCUCAAGCAGGACUUCCUUGCCUACGUGGACUAUGAGACUCAGCUCGACGCCCUCAGCGCCCUCCGCAAGAAGUCGGUUGCUCGCGAGCUCAAGAAGCAGGGUAACAAGAAGCUCAGGAAGUCCAAGUCCGAUGCCGCUGGUAUGCGCAGAAUCGUGGAGAUUUAUGAGCUAGCUUUGAAGCGUUACAAGGGCGACAUUGAUCUCUGGUUUCGCUACCUUGAGUUCUGCAGGCAGAGGAAAAACGGUAGAAUGAAGAAGGCACUGGCAAAGGUUAUUAGGUUUCAUCCCAAGGUACCUGGAGUUUGGAUUUACACUGCGGCUUGGGAAUUUGAUAAUAACUUGAAUGUAGCAGCUGCUCGUGCUUUGAUGCAGGAAGGUCUCAGAGUUUGUCCAACAUCAGAAGACCUUUGGGUAGAGUACCUUCGGAUGGAACUUGUAUACCUAAAUAAGUUGAAAGCGCGCAAGGUUGCUUUGGGCGAGGAUGAGGGGACUCUCACUCGUGAUCCUAGAACUGCUGAUGAGAAGCAGUGGAGAGAUGAGAACAAAGAGUUGUUUAUGACCCUUGAUGAAAAAGAUAAUAGUGAUGAGCAGAAUGUUGAGGGUGGUGAGUUGAGGCAGAAACAAGAAUUAUUUGAAGAGCAUGGUAUGAACAUCUAUCGAACUGUCUACGAAGGAGCACUUGAAGCUGUUCCUUCAAGUCUCAGUCUUAGGAAGCGCUUUUUUGAGAUAUUGGAGGGUACAAAUUUAGCGCAUUAUGAAGAUUUAAGAAAGGAUAUAUUGCAUGAUAUGAAGAGGGAUUUUUCAACAAAACCAGAAUUCUGGAACUGGCUUGCAAGGCAAGAAUGUGACAUUGAAAAUAUGCUGGUGGAUAUUAGCGAAGAAGUCCUAGAUCCCCGGGUGCAAAAAGCAGUUCAGGUUUAUGAGGAGGCUUUAAAAUCUGUUCCUUCAGGUGUCAUGUUUAGCAUGUAUGCAGAAUUUCUAAUGGGUAUUGUAGCUCCUAAAGGAGAAAAUAGGUUAUCAUCUGGUCUUUCAGUAAAAUAUACAUCCCAUUUACUUGAAGUGUAUGAAAGGGCUGAAAGCAUGGAGUGCAUUACUGAAUAUCUUGCUUGCAAACACGUGUCCUUGUAUUUGCAGUUGAGACAAUUGGAUAAGGCAAGGAAACUAGCUAGAAAACUUAGCAGUGGAAAACUUGCUGAAUCAGUUCAGUUAUGGGAAUUAAGGAUCACUAUAGAAAUUAGAUGUAUCACAAUGAAUUCGACAUUGCCAAGUGAUGCUGAUCUGCAAUCCCUCUUUGAACUCCUUAGGCAAAUUCUGACAAAAGUUAGUGCUUCCAAGUCAGAGAAUUUGUGGGUACAGGGACUUAAAUUCUAUGCAAAUCAAAGAGAGUAUUUUGAUAAACUAGUGGAGAUAUCGGUUGUAAUUUUGACCAGAGAUGGUGGCAGUGAAAAUGGGUUUUCCCUUUCAGCUGCCAUUGUGAACUUUAUACUUCAAAAGGAUGGAAUUCAGCAGGCCAGACAUAUAUAUAAGCGAUAUGUAGCAUUACCACGUCCCGGGCUUGCUUUAUAUAAAAGCUGCAUUGACUUGGAAGCAAACUAUGCAUCAUUAGGUGAUAAAGAUGGUCUCGUAAAUGCCAGGAAAUUAUAUGAAUCUGCACUUGCAACUUAUGACCAAAAUGUCAGCUUGUGGCAAAAUUACUACCGAAUGGAGACCAAGAUGGGAACAUCAGAAAAGGCUACUGCAAUCUAUUGGCGCGCAAGGAAAAUACUCAAAGAUGCUGGUGAAUUUAUUGCAUCCACGGAUUUGUCAUGAUAAUUUACAAAUUUCAAUUAAGAUCCUGGCUUAUUGCAGUCCAAUUUUGACCACUUUUUUUCCUUGAUAAAUUUGUUGUUAUUGACGAGGCUAUACUUAAAUUUGGUAUUUCAUCUCGAGAGGGUGACAUGGAACUUUCUCCUUCUUGGUUGUCAUUGUAACUCCCUCCACCCCAAUAUGUCUGUUGGGUAUUGCUAAUGAGAUGUUUCACGCAUUAUAAUAUCA